AUGGAAGACCCAUAUGACACAGAGAGAAAGGCUCUGUUUGCGAGAAUAAUCCACAACUUCGCCAUGGUGAAUCACUCCAUGAAGGCAAUGAACAACCAGUUAGAACAGAUAAACACUAUGAAUCUCGAGACCGAGAUUGUUUGUGAUAUGUGGGAGACAUACACUAAGAAUGCUCAAUAUCACCUCAAGUCUUCCAAGAAGCUGUCAGAGCCUGCCGAUAUUCUAGCGGCUUAUAGCCGUCAAAAAUGA